AUGCCACCAAUAAAGAAGCGGCCUUUAAGGUUAUACUUAUCAGCUGCUGAGGAGUCCAUUGGGACUUUAUUAGCGCAAAAUAAUGAGUGGGGAAAGGAAUAUGUUGUUUACUUUCUUAGUCGAGUACUCACUCCAAUGGAAUAUAGGUACACUCCAAUUGAAAAGUUAUGUCUUGCUUUAUAUUAUUUUGCGAUGAAAUUAAGAAUAUACAUGCUUCCGGUUGUUGUGUACAUUGUUUCUCAAAUUGAUUUGAUUAAGUACAUGUUAUUGAGGCCUUUGAUUACUGGAAGGAUUGGAAAGUGGUCAUUGUCCUUGAUGGAGUUUAGUUUUAAGUACAUUCCACAGAAAGCAGUUAAGGGACGUGCAUUAGCAGAGUUUCUGGUUGAUUAUCCUUCCACUGAAAUAGUAACAGAAAUGUGUGACAAGGUGGAUAGUCUCUACCUCGAACAUUCUCCAUGGAUAUUACUCUUUGACGGUUCGUGUAUUAGCGAUGGAGGAGGAGAUGAAAUUGUCAUAAUUUCUCCAAGGAAAAGGAAGACAUCAUUUUCUUUCUUUUUAGAUUAUUUAUAUACUAAUAACCAGGCUGAGUAUGAGUCACUCAUAAUUGGUUUGGAAAUUCUACUGGAAAUGAAAGCUAGAAGUGUACUUAUCAUUGGAGAUUCCAAACUCGUGAUCAACCAGCUAGCUGAAAAAUACAGAUGCCUUAGUCAUCAUCUGAGGCCUUUCAAUUUGAUGAUUAUCAGUUACAGCAUUGGCCAAGACACCUGA